GUGAUUUUUUGCGUUCAGUAAAGUUUAAUUGAAAUAUAACAUAUUUUAAUAAACCUAGUUUUAUUAUACAUGUUUAAUAUAUAGUAUAAAUAUGGCACAUUUGCAAUAUUUGCCUGGAGAUCCACGUUUAGUUGAUCAAUUAGUAUAUGAACUUAAAUCGAAAGGGAUUUUCGACCAGUUUCGUAAGGAUUGUAUCGCAGAUGUGGACACAAGACCGGCAUACCAGAAUUUAAGGCAGCGGGUAGAGAACUCAGUAACUACAUUCCUAUCUCGUCAAUGCUGGCAGCCGGAUCUGAAUAAGAAUCAACUAAGAGAAAAACUUAGAAAGCACAUCUUGGAUGGCAAUUAUCUUGAACAAGGAGUUGAACGAAUUGUUGAUCAAGUUGUUAACCCGAAAGUAGCAUCUGUAUUCAUUCCACAAGUAGAAGAUUUAGUUUAUAACUAUUUAGGUAUAACAAGAAAAAUUUCUGUCAAUAAUGCGGAGACAUCUGAAGAGAAAACUGAACUACUACCAACUGAUUUAGAAGCUGUUAGUCCUGGGUCAGUUAAAAGCAAUGAAGAUAAAAAUGAAGUUAUGGAAGUGGACAAUAAUGUCCCUGCUACAAAAAACGAAAGUAUGGAGAUUGAUGAUAAAGAUAAACUCAAACCAGAAGUAAAAGAAAUAAAAGAUGAAGAGCCAAACACAACUGAGACAAAACACGUUGAUACAGCAAAGACUGAAACUCAAGAAGAAUCUGGAGUGAGCGAAUUAACUUCACCCGAAUCUAAUAGUAUUGAUAAAAGUUCAAUUCCCCUACCAUCUGAAGAAAUCAAGCUAGAAAAUAUACCACCACCAGAAAAUAGUCCACCUAAAGAAGUGAUUUUGGAGAAAAUUGAAUUACCGAAAGAUUAUUCUACAGAUAUUCCAUUACCGGAUGAAAUACGUAAAGAUGAUAAAGAAUAUUUCAAAACAAUCAAUAGCGAAGAUGACGAUUCAAGUUCAGAUUCUUCGUUGCGUCGAAAUAUGUCGCCGUUAACACCAAUAAGAAACUUUAAUAACGAAAAUUCUUGUGAUGCCCAACAAGGUUUUGAUAAUGAUUCACCUGAUGGUAAAAACGAUGAUAAAAAAGAGCCAAGUUCAUUCCGAUUCACAAUAGAAGGAACAGAAAACUGUACGGAUGCAGAAAAACCACCUAAGAAACAAACAGAUCAAAACUUGGCUUAUCAGUUUAAUAACCAAGUAAAUAUAACAUCAUUUAAUACUCCGAUGUAUGAAGAUAGUUCUAAUAGCAACGUCUUACAAAUUGACUACGAAAGUGAUGCAAAUAGUAAAGUCAACUCAGAACAGAAGGCCACUGAAGCUGAUGUAUCGGAAGAUUUUAAAAAAGGACAAAAGAAUGAAGACAAAAAAAGCAGUCAUAAAAGUUCACAUCGGUCAAGAGAUUCAAAUAAACAUUCCAGUAGCAAAGACAGACGAUCUGACUCAAAGCAUUCAACUUCUCGUGACAGCAGCAGACAUGAAAAGAAAUCAAAAGAUGAAAGCAGCAAAUCAAAAUCUAGCUACAGAGAUAAAACUGACAGGAAAGAGAGUAAAGAAUCGUCUCGACAUAGUUCCCAUAAGAGUUCUAGCCAUAAAGAUUCCAAAUCAUAUAAAAGUUCAAGUUCAAGUCAGCGACAUUCGGGUAAAGAUGAGAAACGAUCUUCGAGUCACAGAGAUAAAUCUGAUAGAAGUUCUGAUAAGUCGUCCAAAGAUAAGUCUCGAGAUUCAAAAUCUUCUCGCUCUGAAAAAGAAAGGAAAAGUAGCAGCAAAAGUAAACACGAUGAAAAAGAUAAAGACAAGAAAGAGAAGAAAGACUCUGAUGAUCAUUACAGUGUGUCAGGACGUGGUAAUCCUAAUCGAAGGUCUACAGACAGAGAUUCCAAUGAUGGUAGUUCAUCUUCUAAAGGGUCACAUAACCCAUCCAGUGCUAAAUCAUCUGAAAGUAAAAAAGACGCAAAGAGUGGAAGUUCAAAAUCUGAUAAUAUGUCAACUAGCAGUGGUGAAGGUCGAAGUCCUAACGAUAGGGAGUUAACAUUACAAGAAAAAGAGAAAGAAGUAAUUGAUAUGCUGCAACCUAAACCUAUUGUUAGGCUCGAAACACAUUUAGAGACACCCAUAGCAUCACCACCUUUGUCUUUAGUUCCCGAUGUACAAAUUAAGAAACCAAAAUUCGCUAAUAACUUAGAAGAGGCUAAAAAACUUAUGAAAAUGCGUCAAUAUUUAGAUGAAGAACAAAAACGGAUGAAUCAAGAAGCUGCUUUAUUAUUGGAAUUUCAAGCGAAUGUUAGACCGAAUCUUAGUCAAAUUUAUUCCAGUAUUCCUGGACCGGAAUUGGAAUUUGCUUGCGUUACAAAUACUAUAGUACAUACGGAACAGAUUGUUCUGAGUGAUGUUUGCCAUCAAAAUGCUACAUUUAUAACUGAUCAAAAUUAUCCAGAAGAUGAAGGUUUCUCAGAUCAUGUUGAAGAAGAUAUAAAUUCUACGUUAACAGUUAAAGAAGUUGCAGAAUCCAUUGAAAUUAUAAACGAAGAGUUAAAUAAUAAAGCAAAAGCUCAUGCAAGCGAAGACAUUAUAAGUAAAGAAUCUUAUAAAUCUACAAUGAACUUGAUUGAAUCGAAUUUGGAUUUGAAUCCAGAAAAUAUUGAUAGAAACACAGAAAAUUCUGAUGAAUACAAAGAAAUCGAUGAUGAUAAAGAAAAAACAACUUAUUUCGAAGUAACAGUAAUUGCUGAGGAAGUGACAGAUGAUGAAGUGAAUCAACCAGAGACAAAAAUGUUGAUAGAAAUUGAUGAAAACACAAUAGAAGAAAAAGUUCAUUCGGAACAGAACAAUUUUUAUUAUUUCGAAGAAAGUGAGAAAAAAAACGCGGAAUUAGAAAGAGAUAGGUUUAGGAAAUUCUUAAAAGGUUACACAGCCGCGACAACUAAUAAAAUUUAUUUAAUUAAUUGUGAUCCAUACGAAGAGAGUAUAGUACAAGAGGUAUUAGAAACAUAUGGGAAUUACGAAAUAGUCAACUAUCAAAGAAACGGUCAUUUAAAACUGCCUAAAUCAAAGAAUAUCGUUAAAAAUGUUAAUUUAUCUAAUGAGGUUUCAUUACCUCUGGAUAAAGAAAAUAAUGAAUCAGAAACUAAAUCGAUAACAGAAUCAGUAUUCAGUCCUGUGAAAUCGGAAUGUUCUUUUGAAUUGUCAAAUGAUUAUGAUGCUAAAUUAGAAGAGAUGGUAAACAAGACAUCUCGCCAAGAAAUUAUGGAAAUCAUACUUGGUAACGUAAUAGCGGAUUCGCCAACGAAAAUGCCUAAGAUAGAUUAUUUAAAUGAUUCUAAUAUUGAGGGUAGUUGUGAAAAUAAUUUGAAAAGGAAACAUAAUGAAGUUGAAACAGUGAAUAAUAAUAGAGUGUUGACUCCCAGCAAAAAAAGAAGAUUAAGUACAUCCGAUCAAAUAUCAUCCACCACUGAAGAUAUGGACGAAAGGUCUAAUAACAAUCUGCCCCAGCCAACUAGGUCUAAAUACCUAGGCCGGGCAAGAAGAGUAGGUCUACCUAGGCCAAAGAAUAAUCUUCCAAACAGUCCAUCAAGUGAUAAAUCAGUGGAGAACUAUGAACAGAACUCUCCGGACACAAACAACGGCAAGGUGAAGACAACACCCCGCAGUAAGGUGCAAAGGUAUGAUACAUCAGAUUUAUACAAACCUAAGCUACAUUAUUUAUCUAGGAGGAAUAAUAUAACUUAAAUUUGCAAAAUUAGGGUAUUUGACAAUUUUUUUUAUAAAAAAAAUGUUUUUUUUAUUUGGAAUUUAAUUGUAUGGCUGUCAGAUGAUAGAUUAAAAAUUCGUUAUUCUGUGUUGAUAUUUCAAAGGUAAAAGAUUUUUUUGUGUGUAACAAAUAAAGUA